UCUGUUUGUAUAUAGCAUUUUGAAUGUGCACAUAGGGUGUUUGUGUUUAUGCCUCUGAAACCCAUAUAUCCGAUGUUGGCUUGAGUUCCAUUAUAGUGUUUUAAUAAUAGGCCCGGGUCUGGUUGGGGUUGCUUAAAAAAUUCAUGUACAGAGGACAGUUUCUCUUUCACCCAGCGUUUCCUCGGUGCACGGCGGCUGACUUCGUCUCCACCGUCGAACGGCGGCAGCAGCGGUGGCGUAUUCCUCCGGCGAGCUCUUGUCACUGCGGCGUUUUCCUCGGCCAACGGCAGUAGCGGCGGCUGCUUCUUCUCACCCCGGCUGAUAGGGACAAGUGACCUCAAGGAAUUCACUGUGGUUGGUGACGAAGAACUCAAGGGUGUUGAGUGCAGGCCAACCAAUGUUUACAUGUUGCAGGCUUCUGAGGCGUUCAUUCUGCACAACAUCUUCUUCUACAAGCUGUGCCAAGCCAUGGCUCUUUAUUGGUCUUGGAAACCCAGGGGAGAAAUACCGUGGCACAAGACACAAUGUUGGUUUUGACAUGAUCGAUGCAUUUGCCCAGUCGCUGGGCAUUUCAAUGGCAUCCAUUCAUUUCAAGGCUCUUUUCGGUGAAGGAAUGGUUGGUGGCACACCUGUUCUCCUUGCAAAACCUCAGACGUACAUGAAUCUUAGUGGUGAAUCUACUGGACCACUUGCAGCAUAUUACAAACUUCCUCUGAAUCGGGUCAUUGUGUGUUUCUGCCUUAUUGUGCAGAUGUUUGAUGAUAUGGACUUACCAUGUGGAGUGCUUCGUGUGCAACCUAAAGGAGGACAUGCGCGUCACAAAGGAUUGAUGAGUGUGAUCUACCAUUUUCGAGGGAACAGAGAAUUUGGCAGACUGAGAAUCGGGAUAGGAAGACCACCUGGGCAAAUGGAUCCAAGAGCAUUUUUGCUCCAAAAGUUCAAUGCAUCAGCCCGUGAGAGGAUUGAUGAGGCAUUGCAAGAAGGGGUGGACGUCCUGAAGACACUCUUGACUAAAGGCUUGACAGAAUGUGCAAGUUCGACCAACCCAUAUCAGAAGUACAAGCAUUUAAGACUUCAAACAUUGCCGGUGUAGCUCUAAAUUUUGGAUCACUUUGUAACAAUCCUACAAGCCAGGAAGAUUCUGUAGAAGAAACCUACAUAUCUUUUGUGAUCAAUCGGUGGUUCUUUGCCCAGCAAGAUAUGCUACUGCUUCUGGGUUGGUGCUUAACUACACAGAUCGAAAAGCAGUCAGCAUUAUGACUCA